AUGGAAAUGAGGUCAUUAUUCGGAUUCUUGUUGGCUUUAGUGAUUGUGGUUUCCUCGCCUUACUCUGCAACAACUGAAGUACUCUAUAGUAACAUUAUUCUUGUUGGAGCCACAGGAGAUCUAGCCAAGAAAUAUCUAUGGCAAGGAAUGUUUAAUCUUUUUCUAGAAAAGUCCAGUAAUGACCACAUUUUCCAUUUCUACGGUUCUGGAAGAACUCCACAAGAAACUGCCGGACCAGCUCUACAGAAAAUCCUGGAGGAAAAUGUAAAAUGUGAUAAUAUAGAUAGAGAUGAUUGCAGUGUUAGGAGAAGACAGUUUAUUGAGUCCACGGAGUACCAUCAGUUGAAAAGUGCAGACCAUUAUGUGAGCUUAACUAUAAAAAUAGAGAAAGCACUGAAUGCAUUGAAAGUUAAUGAAACUGGAACUUUAGCUUUUCUGUCUGUGCCACCAUUUACAUAUGCAGAUAUUGUUAAUAAUCUUCAUGAAGAAUGUCGGCCACCGGAUUCCUGGUUCAGAGUGGUAUUAGAAAAACCAUUUGGACAUGACACAGAAUCAGCAGAGAAGUUGUCCCGAGAUAUUGCGACUAGUUUAAAGGAAGAUGAAAUCUAUAGAAUUGAUCAUUAUCUAGGAAAGCCAGGUGUCCAGCAAAUAAUGCCAUUUAGAUUUGAUAACAAAGAUAAAUAUGACCAGAUAUGGAAUAAAGAUCAUAUUGAGAGAGUAGAAAUUGUUAUGAAAGAAACACUUGAUUGUAAAGGUCGAAUGAACUACUAUGAUGAGUAUGGUGUCAUCCGAGAUGUUAUCCAGAACCACCUUACAGAGAUUCUCAUCCUUAUUGCCAUGGAAACACCAUCUAACUUAACUGACAGAGCCGAACACCAUCGUAAAAAACUGCAUCUUCUGAAGCAUGUCAAAUCACUUGGGUCCGAUAGUUGUGUGAUUGGUCAGUACACCAACUAUAAUACCCAAGUUAAAGAUGAGCUCAAGAAGGACGAUGACUUUCAGAGUGUUACUCCGACAUUUGCAACGGUUGCCAUGGAGAUAAAUAACCCUAGAUGGAAAGGCGUUCCAUUUAUUUUAAUGUCUGGUAAAAUGAUGGAUGAAAAGAGUGGGUAUGUUCGAGUGGUAUUUAAACAAAAUAUCCUCUGUGGCUCAGUACCAGCAAACGAAUUCAACUCGUGCUACCCAAGACAAAUUGUCUUUGUAACUGGUAAUUCUGAUACAAAGCACCCCAUUUUACUUGUGUCUAAGAGUCUCCCAGAACCUAAUGUACGUGAUAACUUGAAAGCUAGUAAUCUUGAGUCGAGUGCAGACGUUUUUGGUCUCAAAAAAUCUGACUAUUUUUCUUAUAAUUUGGUGGAAAGCCAAGAUGCAUACAGUAAUCUGAUAACAGCCGCGUACGAGGGUCGCAGGGAUUCAUUUGUCGGCACAGAGGAUUUAAUAGCUUCAUGGAAAAUAUGGACGCCAUUAUUACAAAGCAUCAAGAAGAAAAAACCAAGGUUAUACCCAGGAGGGAAGUCAAAUUCUGAUUGGUUGAAUGUUGUAACACUCGGUAAUAAAAUAGAAUAUUUAUACGGUGUCAAUGUAAUUGAUUUUCCUCCAGAUUCGGUGAACACUAAAACCAUCCCAUCACAUUACCGGUCUCAGCCUUUACGCACCGGUAAUUUAAAUCAAGUGAUUAAGAAGUUGGCAGAUGAUAUUGAAGUGCUUGCUAAAGAAUCAGUUGAACUUAAUGGCGUGUUUCACAUGGCUUUAUCAGGUGGUAAUACACCUAACAAGCUCUUAACCCAUUUGGUUCUUCACUCUGAUGCGUUUCCAUGGCACCACACUCAUGUCUGGCAAGUGGAUGAAAGAUGUGUUGAUUUGAAGAGUAAUUUGUUGAAUUUCAACCACAUCAAUGAGAAUCUAUUGCAAUAUGUGCCUGUGCCAUUACAUAACAUCCAUUCCAUGCCGGUUGAUCUUGUCAAGAAUGAAUAUGAACCGGGUAAAGACUUGGGAAGUGCUGUUUACGGAGCAGAAAUUGAAAAUAUUGUUCCCAAUGAAUCAAUGGAUCUUAUUCUGCUUGGAGUUGGCACUGAUGGCCAUACUGCAUCUUUGUUUCCACGACAAUCAAGUAAUAAUGUAGAUAAAACAGAAAGAGAGUACAAAGAGGAGGAAGACAAGCUUGAAAAUGACCUUGUAGCAUUGGUCAACAAUGGACCAGAAGAUGUAUCACCUAAAAGAAUGACAAUGACAUUGGAUUUAAUCAAUAAAUCCAAGAAUGUAGCUGUAUUGGUGACAGGUGGUGGCAAAAAGAAUAUAGUGUCUGUGUUAAAGGAUGCUGUUAAAGACAGCAGUAAAUGGCCAAUCACAGGUGUGGAGUUAGUGGAUGGUGACAUGGCUUGGUAUAUUGACCAUGAUGCAUUGCUGUAA